AUGUCAUCGGAGUUAGGAGAUCAGCCCCAACGGCACCGCGCCCGCGAUGUCCUGCGUCAAGUACUGGAGGAGCUGGGCCUAGCAGCUCUAUAUCGCGCCCCGUUUGACGUGAAACUCCUCUGUCUCCAGCGUUUCGUAAGACUUUACGCUUACGGAGCAACAGCAUUGGUCCUCGUGCCUCUCCUCCAUGAGUUGGGCAUCUCGCAAAGUCACAUCGGUCUGUUCAUGACGUUGACGCUGAUAGGUGACGCGGCCAUCAGCUUGGUGCUUUCCCUCGUGGCUGAUGUCGUGGGCCGACGGGCGAUACUGGUCCUAGGAGCCCUCCUGAUGGUUCUGAGCGGUGUGGUCUUUGCGACGUUUCACAAUUUUUGGCUGCUUCUCCUUGCCGCCAUCGUCGGUGUUAUCAGCGCCAAUGGUAACGAGAUUGGGCCUUUUCGAGCAGUCGAGGAAAGUGCUGUGGCUCAUUUAGUCGAACCCUCGGAUCAUAGUGACCUCUUUGCCUGGCAUUGCGUUCUGGGCUACUCAGGCACGGCUACAGGAAUCGUGACCUGCGGCUGGGUGCUUAACCAUUUACUGCAAGUUCUUUCGUGGUCGGCUCUUGAUGCCUACCGGGCGGUAUUCUACACCUAUGCCAUCCUCGGUCUCGUCAAGGUAGUUUUUGCCCUCUGUAUGACGCAGGCUGUCGAGGCACCAACAGAAAAGGCCAAACAGACUUCUCGGCCGCAAUUGGUCGGUGGCGUUGUUGACGAGGAAUCACCACUUCUUGCUGAACCUUCGGAAGUUCAGACGAGUAAGUCCAAGCUACGACGGUCUUUGAGACCCAAAGUAAGCAGAGAGAGCCUCAGCUUCCUGCCCCUACUCUGCGCGCUCAUUGCUCUGGACAGCUUUGGAAGUGGCCUGGUACCCAUAUCAUGGGUCUCUUACUACUUCCGCACUCGAUUUGAUAUAGCCGACGGACAGCUUGGUUCUAUCUUUUUCUCGGCUAGUAUUUUCAAUGCCGUCUCUACGCUUUUCGCGUCUUCUUUAGCGAAGCGCAUUGGCAAUGUGAAAACAAUGGUUUUCACCCACCUCCCAUCUUCAGUCUUUUUAGCCCUGAUCCCGCUGCCUAACGAGGCGUACUGGGCCAUCAUCUUUCUGAUUCUUAGAUCCUGCAGCCAGUCCAUGGACACUGCACCACGCUCGGCUUUUAUUGCCGGUAUCCUUCUUCCUGGAGAGCGUACUGCUGUAAUAGGAUUCAUCAACGUUUUGAAGACUGUUGCUCAAGGUUUGGGGCCACUGGUUACCGGAGUGUUGGCAGAGAACAAUGCUUUCUGGGUCGCCUUCGUUACGGCAGGCGCGAUUAAGAUAUCUUAUGACUUUGGAAUUUUAGUGUCUUUUAAGAACUACCAGCGGCCCGCUGAUACUGAGGAAUAA